AUGCACCGACCGAAACCAUGUUCCAGACUCAGAGAAGAGGAUGUUUUAGAAGAGCAAAAGCAGCCAUUCGUUGAGAAAUCACUACACCAGGAUGAGAAAGAUGGACCAGAUUUUGACGCGGCGAGCGCUACAAGAUCUGGAUGCAUUGCCACCGUAUCGACGGGCGUCAUCCUCUCCCUAGUUUGCUUGAUAUCUGGUAUUUACCUCCUCAGAACCAACCAGGCAACACUGGGCGCUUCGGCGUCUAUCUCUACUUUUGGAAGAGAAGCCAUGGCCCUAGCGAUCAACGUAAUACUAACACUCUGCACUGAUGGUAUGAUGUUCGUGCAUUCCGUCUCGUUACGAUGGGCCUUGUAUCGCGAGGGACGCCUGGAGUUCAACACCAAUAUCCGUCUCUUCACCAGCUCCAAAAGAUUCGGCCCGAACAAAAGGUACAUCAACCUAGUGGCCCUAACUUGCCUUGUGCUAUCAUACGCUUCUUCAUCCGUUCUGCUACUAUCUGACCAAGCCAUGAUACUAUCUAAGAAUGAAGACCAAUCUCCAUUAUUAAUUAACGACACAGCUCUAGUAUCCUUGGGCCUAGGUCUCGCCGGCCAGGCCAUCGUCGCCGUAUGGUGCCUAGUGCCCAGCUACAAGUCGAUACCGACCUGGAGCUCCAACCCGCUCAACACCGCGUCGGCCGUGGUGCAGGGUGGUGGUCUCGCUCACCGUCCUGAGAGAUGUAUGCUAUCAGUCCACCAGAGACAAAUGUCGAGCCAAGAGACAUACCCUAUGAAUCGACAAGGAAAUAUAUUCCAAUUACAGGCCAUGGUACGAUAUAUUCUCGUUCUACUGUGGUCACUCGCUCUUUUGGCCGUCGCGUGGCCCAUCGCCAUCGCCAUUGUCUCCAUGUUCAUUGGCAACGCCAGUGCUGCUGGCCAGGCGUCUGAACCGUUAUGCUGGAGAGUUGGAUUUAAAUGGGAUAAAGACGCUCUUGCAUGCUCUCGGAACUAUGUGACGCUGUCUAUAUCGCCAUAUGCGAAUGACCACAAUCCUGGUUCCGCAGCCUUCUCGUACGGUGCCGAGGCUGUACUUUGUGUUCUCUUCGUCUGUCUUAUCCAGGCUAGUCAGACCAUCGCAUUGCACUGUUUAGAGCUGCUCGUCAACCUGUCCAGAGAUGAAGGCAUUUGGCGACAAGCGUAUAGUGAAACAGGGGAGGCCCCAGGGACACAGUUGACCGUGAAUCCGUUCCGUGCAGCUGUAUCGAGUUGGGAGAACGCUGUUCUAUUCAUUGCCAAAACAGUGCUGCAUUGGAUAAUUGGUCAGAGCCUGAUCCCUUCCGUUGCCAUGGAAGACUCCAAAGACACCGACUUCGCCAAAGACAUCGAAUCAUGGGCCUCCAUCCCUGUCCAAGACCUGUCCGCUCAUGUCCAGAAGCUGCCGUUCAAACGCGGAUUCCAGUUUGAUAUGGUAUACUCGCGGUUGAUUAUAUACGCCAUACUAGCCGUCCUCGUGGCUACGUUCGCAACAUACCUGGCUCUAAGGCGACGGAAAGGCUGUCAGCCUGCCGCGCUGGGACAUCUGCCGACUCUCGUAGAUCUCAUCGAUGAUUGGAAGACAGACCAGGAAGGCCGGAUGUGGUGGGGGGAUAAGGCUCCCGAACUAGAGGCCGGUCAGGUGCGGCACGCCGGAACAUGCUGGGAUAAGAUGCUUCUUGGCCCGAUAUGUACUACUGCUAGAUAUGCCGGUGGUUAA